GACAGCUUAAAACGUUGGCGGCCGCGGAAGUUCAAAAUAUUGAGACUGGACUCGGUAAAACUCGAUACUACAGUUGUUCUUUGCGAUGCAGAAUAAGGAAAAUUAUGAGCCGAGAGGCUUCCAACGGCCGUUUGCAACUCCUAGCAUGGUGUCAGGCCCACAGCGUGUUCAGGUGAAGCCACGGGCAGAGAUGGACAGAAGUGCCAUCACAGGCCCUGGGAGAGAGUGUGUUAGCUCCAGUUCAGCCUCAAAGAAGAUCUCCCUGGAAGACUUUGACAUCGGUCGACCACUAGGAAAGGGCAAAUUUGGUAAUGUUUACCUUGCCAGGGUGAAGAAGCUGCAAGCCGUCGUGGCACUGAAGGUGUUGUUCAAGUCACAGAUGGAAAAGGAGGGCGUGGAGCAUCAACUCAGGAGGGAGAUUGAGAUUCAGGCACAUCUCAAGCACCCAAAUAUCUUGCGCUUCUACAAUUAUUUCCAUGACCGGAAAAGGGUGUUUUUGGUGCUUGAGUACGCCCCACGUGGUGAAAUGUACAAGGAACUACAGAGAUGUGGAAGAUUUGAUGACCAGCGUACUGCCACAUACAUGGAGGAGAUCUCUGAUGCACUGAUGUAUUGCCAUGAGAAGAAAGUGAUUCAUCGUGACAUCAAGCCAGAGAAUCUGCUUCUCGGCUAUCGCGGAGAGCUGAAAAUUGCAGACUUUGGUUGGUCUGUCCAUGCACCCUCUCUGAGACGUCGUACAAUGUGCGGGACGCUGGACUACCUCCCUCCAGAGAUGAUCGAAGGCCACACUCACAGCGAGAGGGUGGACCUGUGGUGCAUCGGGGUCCUCUGUUACGAAUGUUUGGUCGGCAACCCACCUUUUGAAACUGCCAGUCAUACAGAAACCUACAAAAGAAUUACGAAGGUGGAUUUGAAGUUCCCCAAAGUCGUCUCAGAUGGUGCACGGGACCUGAUCUCCAAGCUGCUCCGUCACAACCCCAUUGAUCGUCUCUCACUACAGAGUGUCAUUGACCACCCGUGGGUGCAGUCCAACUCCCGCCGAGUCCUACCCCCCAUCUGCCCGGCCAAGAAAUCUUGAGCCCACCUGACCUGCCUGCUUCUCGCUUCCACUGAGGGCUGCUUUCUGUCCUUCACAACAGACUCUGGGCCAGCAUAUUUUGGUCUCACUGCUAGGGGCUGUAAACUGCCAUUAUUCUGGCACAUUUUAUCAUGGGUAUAAAUGCAUACCCACUUUUUUAUAUAUGUCUAGUAUGUUGCCUAGAGUUUUUUUGUGUUUUUCUUGUCAUUUCUUUCCUGAAACUUUUUAAACUGUUUGCAACUCUAUAUCUGAUGGUGUUGACACCAAAGUCUCAGUCUCCAAUAGUUUAAGACACUGUUUGAGGGUCAGGGUGGAAAGUGUUUUAUUUUCCCCCAAGCUGUAUUUUAUGUUUCUAAUAAAUGUUAUGAAAUGAUUUAUGGACAUUUAAUUACUGAUUGACUGACUGGUUGUGGCCAUGUUGCAACCAGAACAGUAUAUCAUAAGAUUUGGACCUAAUAACUUUGUUAUCAAAUACACUCACCAGUUUAUUAGGUAUACCUAACUAAAACUAA